GGCCGCCUGCGUUUGCAUUCUUGAAGUUACGCGACGUACAUUUUCGAUUCCAGACAUCUGACAGACGUCAAGCAAAUUACCUCCCUGAGGUCAUGGGUGACGGGCUGGCCAAUCAGAUUAAUAACCCGGAGGUGGAGAUUGACAUCACCAAGCCAGACAGGACCAUACGUCAACAGAUCAUGCUGUUAAAGAUCAUGUCCAAUCGCCUGAGAAACGCCUUGAACGGAAACGACGUGGACUUUCAAGACACCAGUGAUGAUUUCAGUGGCUCUGGAAGCGGCAUGUGUGCGGACCAACUGUGUAUUCGGGGCAGGCCGCCGGUCUUCGGGCCGAAAAACGACAGGCCCAAUCACUUCGCUUAUGGCCCCAACAACAAAAAAGUCAAGAGCUCGGCUAUACAGAUCCAGCCUUCCGUCAUCUUACUGGUUCUUUUACUCGCGUGUCUGUUUCUCAGACGGCAAUGCACAUUGUGCUGCAGCUGAAUCAAACUUUGGCAUCUUUUGGAGGAAAAUUUGGAUAGGGUGGAGCCGAGCAAGGAAUGUAAAAAAUGCAUAGAAAAAAACGAGAAAUGGUGAGCUAAUAAAAUUGCCAAAAUAAAAAAGAACCUUGUGGAUGAACGAACAUUUUUCCUCUCGAAUACAGAGGCGACCAUGAAAAUAGGGGGAGAUGGAUUUUUUUGUUUUUUAUGCUUGUGAUCUGUCAGAUUUAAUUUCUGACUUGAUACAUCAAUUGACAACUCGUUUUUUUCCCUUUUGAAUGUUAAAAGAUAAGGUGGACAGGAAGGAUGGAGGUUCUCCAAAGCAAUUUGCGCACAAUUCUUUGUUCAUCUCAUUCCCCAACUACAACUCAUGUUUGCACAAAGGUUUGAGCAUGAAUUAAAAUAUAAUUUUGCUGUG